CGAGUCCGAGGCCGCAGGGUCGGGGCUGCUGGCGCAGCUCGCGCGCUUUCCGCGGGGUUUGGCUCCUGUCGCUUCCCGUCUCACCGAACCGGCAUCGCCGCCGCCGCCGCCGGAGCCGCCGCCAGUCCUCAGAGCCAGGCUGCCGGCGGCCGGGCGCGCCGGGAGGGGGCGCGGAGCGGGGCGCUCCAGGACGCAGACGCAGAUGAAAAGAAGUGAAGAAUUGAUAACUGAACUUCAUGAUCAAGAAGAAAUAAGUAUUCUUCGUUGCUGGAAAUGUAGAAAAUGUAUAGCAAAUUCUGGUUGCUUCAUGAAAUAUCUUGAGAAUCAAGUGAAUACGGAUAAACAUCAACAUUCAGGUGAUGAUCAGAAUGUUUGUCACGUGUGGCACAUGAAUAUAGAAGCACUUCCUGAAUGGAUAAACUGCCUGAUACAAAAAGCCCAGUGGACAGUUGGAAAACUGAAUUGCCCUUUCUGUGGGGCCCGUUUAGGGGGCUUUAAUUUUGUCAGCACUCCAAAAUGUUCCUGUGGCCAGCCUGCAGCUGUACAUCUCUCCAAGAGCCGGACCGAUUAUCAGCCAGCACAGGCAGGCAGUCUAAUGAGACCUUCGCUGAAAUACUUGUCACAUCCUAGAGUUCAGUCAGGUUGUGACAAGGAAACUCGCCUGACAGGUGGUGGCUCCCAAAACAGAAAUCAUAGGCUUUUAAACAUGGCUCUAAAUAACGAUGGCCCCGGAAGAUUAACAGAAGCACUCUGCCUGGAGGUACGAUCAACGUAUUUCCAGAUGAAGAAUGAAAAAUUGCUCUUCAGAACAAAUCCAAAAUACCAGCUUUUUGUUCCCCAGCUUGUGACUGGAAAAUGCACUACAAGAGCUUUUCAUAGAAAAUCACAUAGUUUGGAUCUGAACAUCAGUGAGAAACUGACUUUAUUACCCACUUUGUAUGAAAUACAUAGUAAGACUACUGCCUAUCCCAGGCUCAAUGAAACACGGCCUGUUGACCUUUCAGGUUUGCCUUUACAAUCUGCUAAAAAUAGCUGUUCCUUUCAGAAUCCAUCCAGUUUUGAUCCUAACAUACUGCUGCAAAGAUUUUCAGUGGCUCCCCAUGAGACCCAGACACAAAGAGGAGGUGAAUUUCAGUGUGGUCUAGAAGCUUCCUCCGUGUAUUCUGACAAUGCCAAUACUACUAGCAACCUGACUUUUCUCAUGGACCUGCCCUCGGCUGGCAGGAGCGUGCUGGAGACCUCAGACCACGAAGAGCACCUCUCCCCUCUGGACUUCCUGCGCUCGGCCAGCUUUCCAUUGGGUGCCAUUAAUCAGAGGCUAAAUAAGAGAGAGAGGAGCAAGUUGAGGAAUCUACGAAGGAAACAACGACGGCAUGAAAGAUGGCUACAGAAGCAGGUUAAAUACCCAGGAGUGGGAUUGCUGAAUCAUAUGACUUUGAAUAAUGAGAUGAGUACAGAUGAUGAAAACGAAUAUGCAGAAGAAAAGGAUAGCUACAUCUGUGCAGUGUGUCUGGAUGUUUAUUUCAACCCUUACAUGUGUUAUCCUUGCCACCACAUCUUCUGUGAGCCCUGCUUACGGACUCUGGCCAAAGACAAUCCUGCAAGCACUCCCUGCCCAUUGUGUCGGACAAUUAUAUCUAGAGUCUUUUUCCAGACAGAACUGAACAAUGCUACAAAAACUUUCUUCACUAAAGAAUAUUUAAAAAUAAAACAAAGCUUUCAAAAAUCAAGUUCUGCAAAAUGGCCCCUACCAAGCUGCAGAAAAGCAUUUCAUCUUUUUGGAGGUUUCCACAGACGGGCAGCUCCAGUUACAAGAAGGCAGUUCCCACAUGGUGCACAUAGAAUGGAUUAUCUGCACUUUGAGGAUGAUAGCCGUGGAUGGUGGUUUGACAUGGAUAUGGUGAUCAUCUAUAUUUAUUCAGUGAACUGGGUCAUUGGGUUCAUUGUGUUCUGCUUUCUUUGCUAUUUUUUCUUUCCGUUUUAGGAAUUUUCAUACCUUACUCUAAUUGAACAAUCAUAAAUGAUGUAAAUAACAAUUGCUUAAACCUUUUUUUAAAUGUGCUUUGAAGUUUUUAUAAUAUUGCAUUGUAUAAAUUCUUGGUGUUUAUAAAAAGCCUGAGAAUAAUGGACUUAUUUAUUAAUGAUUUUCAUUAACAAACUAAACUUUACUCAAGAGCUAGCCUAGCCAGCACUUAGCAACAAUGUUUUAUUAAUAUCAUAGUUCUUGGUUUAGGAUUUCGGGUUCUACUUUUACAAUGUCAUUUUUAUACUUAUCUUCAUUGUACAGACAGAUUUUGUCUCCACUUAGAAUAGUAAAAUACAAAAUGAAAUGAUAAUCUGGACAGACAGUGUAUCUUGAUUGCUAAAAUAUUUAGUCAAUCACCAUUUAUUCUCAGGCAAAUUAUAUAUAUUAAAGAUAAGUAAUAUUCUCUGGGAACUAAUUUAGCAGGGUAUAUUCAGGUUUGGUUUCCAGUUAUCUCUGCCUAUACCCCCUUCUAUUAUCAAGAAAACUUACCAUCCUUUUUGAACAGACCUAAAAAUAUCUUUAGUGUAACAGUUUUAGUUAUUAUAAGCAACAGUAGUAAAUACAAACAAUGAGACUAAUCCCCAACAAUAGACAUUUCAGAGAACUAUGUUAAAAUUUUCCAAAUUGCAGGAUGAAUCACCUGAAAAUAUUUUUAAAAAUUACUGGCUUUCAGUAGUCUAAUAAAAUAAUGCAUGUCCAAAUGUAAUUUAGUGAUUCAUUGAACUAAAAUAUUGUUAAAUAUAUUGUUAAUGUGCAAUAAAGAGUGACUUUUAAAC